ACUGGAAACUGGGAUGGGCUAGACUCUAGUCUGUUCCUGAUGAUGAUGUCUGUGAUGCCUCGAAACUCGGAAGCUCGAGGGAAAUUAUUUGUUUUCGCUCAUCCUCUUCACUCUCAUAAAAAUCAAACUAAAACCGAAGUGAAGCUAUCAAGCAAGCUAUCCGAAGAGUGAAGCCCACUGCUUAUUUUAUUUCAGCGAAGCCACAACAAAUAAUCGUGAACCAUGACGGAAGAACCUACAAGUACAUCAACACCAGCGCGCCGUGUGCAAUUCUCCGAUGCCGGCCCCGCAAUACUCGAGUAUGAACUGGAUGAGAUCACCAAGGGCGACAUCUGGUUGUCAAAAGAGCUGUGCCACAAGAACAAGGAAAAGUGCCAACGACUGGGAAAGACUUGGCAACGCAGGGGCUACGAUGUUCUAUUGGAUGCGUCUUACCAAAACCCCGUCAAGCACAUUCAGUCUAGACUGGAUUCCUUUGUAUCAUUGGGGGAAGACUGCGUCCCCAGAGGUAUCGAAAGAUUCAUCUCGGCCAAACACGCGGACGAACGUCGAUACACCAAGUUGCGCUGUGUCGAGUCCGUUGUCGACCUGGGCGUGUACAUGAGAAGGCAAAACAGUUCCAUCGAGGAGAUCGAGUCGGAGCUGCGCGACUUGUCGGUAGAGCACUCGAGGCCGUCGCGUCAUUUUGCACGCAGAAUCGCCAUUGCCGAUGCCAAGGUCGUCCAAGAAGAGAUGCUACCAGUAGUGCUACUACUAGACGAGGAGCGAGAUUACGACGACGACGACCUCACUGUCACCACCACUCGGACAGACUUGUCGUCCACAAGCACCCACUCGGACUCCUCAUUUACCUCCAAAAAGGGCAUGAAGGGACUUUCAUACAGAGCCAAGAAGGGAACCAAGAGAAUAACACGAAUGAUCACUGGCCGCUCCAAGAGACAACAGGAAAGCAUUUUGAUUGCAAACUGGCCAGUCACCGCAUAGAUAAUAAAACAUUCUUCUAAUAACUUCCACACUGUUAGCCAUCGUUCGAUGGCAAUUUGAAUACAUGCAUCAUCUUGAUCUACUUUUAAUUUAAACUACCUUUAGCAUGAUAUCCUACAGGC